AUGACUAUAUCUGCCGAUACCUCAACUGUUCCAGUGAAAGAGAAGAUUAUUCGCGAUGAAGCAAAUAAGUUGAAGGUGAUAAUAGUCGGCGCAGGUCUCGGCGGUCUAGGUGCCGCAAUCGCAAUCUCUCUCGCAGGCCACUCCGUCACCGUCCUCGAAUCCGCCCAUAAAAUCGGCGAAAUAGGCGCCGGCAUCCAAAUCCUCCCCCCCACCUCCCUAAUCCUCCAAACCUGGGGACUCCUCCCCCACCUCUCUGCCCACAGCACCUCACCAUCUCACGUAAACAUGCGAUCCUGGCAAACCGGCUCCAUAAUAUCGACGAUGGACUGCCAGGCGAGCGCAGCCCGGUAUCCAGGAACGGCUUAUUGGGAUUUUCAUCGUGCGAAUUUGCAUCGGGGAAUGUAUGAUCGGGCGGUGGAAUUGGGGGUUAGGGUGAGGGUGGGGGUUAAGGUGGUGGGAGUGCGGAUUUUGGAGGGGGAGGGAGAGGAGCGGGGGGCGAGGGUGUUGGUUGAGGGGGGUAGAAAUGGAGGAGGGAAGCGGGAAGAGGAAGAGGAGGAUUUAAAGGCAGAUUUGGUAGUGGGCGCCGAUGGGGUAUUUAGUAAAAUGCGAGAAGUAAUGUUAGGAAAAGAAGACCCACCACAUCUAACAGGCGACCUAGCAUAUAGAUUACUAUUAUCGACCAAGGAAAUGUUAGCCGAUGACGAACUCGCCGAUUUUGUAAAGAAUCCGCAGGUGAAUUAUUGGCUGGGACCAAAAAUGCAUGCUGUAAACUAUGUUCUCCGCGGCGGCGACCUUUUCAAUAUGGUUCUUCUCGUUCCAGACGAUAUGCCCGCUGGAGCUACGACUCUCGAGGGUAAUGUAAUGGAAAUGCGUGCGCUAUGCAAAUCAGUACAUAAAUGGCGUCUAUGUACACGACCAGGACUUGAGAAAUGGAGUCAUGCGUCGGGACAUUUUACGCUGUUGGGUGAUGCGGUUCAUGCUACGCUUCCUUAUCUUGCUUCUGGGUAG